AUGGAGGGUCUGCACCCGCACUGCCUUAAAUGCAUCAACCGAAGGUGCAUGGUGCGGCCGGAGGCAGGCCGAUCCUGUGACCUAAUGGGCUGUCCACAUGUCUGUGGGGCUGUCUUCCAUGCGUGCAAGCUGUCCGAGCACCGCCUGCUUUGUCCGUACGAGCGCUUGCCGUGCCUCAACAGCGGCUUUGGCUGCCCCUUUACCGUGGCACGGGCCAAGAUGGCGCAGCACCUGGAGACUUGCCCCGCCAGCAUCGUUUGCUGCACCAUGGAAUGGAACCGCUGGCCCGUCAGCUAUGCUGACCGCAAGUCAUACGAGAACCUGAGCAGGGACUUCGACGAGGUGGAGCAGCUAGACAUGGCGCUGGCCCUGCAGGACCAGCGCAUGCUCCUGGAGUCCCUGAAGGUCACCACCACUGUGUCCAAGGACGGCAAGGGCAACAACGACAAGAUGGCCACGGCUCCUGUCGGCGAGGCCACAAAUGGGGCGAUGGAGAUGGAGGAAGAGCCCUACAGUGACUUGUACCGAGCUUCAGUAGAGACCAGCCGGAGCUUGGCGGCAGCCUUGGACAUUCUCACGCACUCCAACGGCGCCGUCGGCCUGAAUGGGGAAAUUGGCGGCGCGGGGAAGAACGUGGACAUGCGAGAGAGUGACUCGGACUCUGAGUGCGAGCUGGGGGCUGUGGGAGGUGCGGACGAGGAAGACUGCACUCUCGGUUGGCCUGAGCAGGAUGACGAUUUCGUGGAAUUGUUUUUUGAUGACAAGGAAGACGCCAUCGAAGACCCGGUGGAGGAGGAAGUGGUGGAGCCCGCAUGGGUUGAGACGCCUCCGGACUAUCUACCCGAUGUGGUGGCGGGCCCCCGAGCGGAACCAUUAGUGGCGCCCGUGCCUUUCCUAUUCUCGGACCAGGUGAGGAACAACUUUUUGCACCAGCUACCCACAGAGCUCAGGUACCGCUGUCUGGAACGUAAACUCCAGAAUGCGGAGGUUCUGCGCGGCAUCAGCAUGUUUACUUUCCACGGGUACCUGUUCCGAGCCAAGAUGGAAGACAAGGCGGUGGACACGUCGGACCUGGAGGUGGCCGACGACCCCAUGGGCCUGCACGGGAUCGACCUGAUCACGGCCGCCUUGCUUUUUUGCCUAGGCGACUCGCCGGGCGGUCGCGGCAUCUCCGACAGCCGCUUUGUGGAUGGCUACCACAUCGACUUCGGCACACAGACCUUCUCCUUCCCUUCCGCCAUCCUGGCCACUGACACCAUGGUAGGCGAUAUCGCCUCGGCAUCGGCGUGCGACCACGCCAGCCCGCAGCUGUCCAACCCCAGUCCCUUCCACACUCUGCGCCUGGACUUGGUUCUGGAGUGUGUGGCGCGCUACCAAACCAAGCAGCGCUCCAUGUUCACCUUCGUGUGCGGCCAGCUGUUCCGACGCGACGAGUUCUCCUCGCACUUCAAGAAUGUGCACGGCGACAUCCACGCCGGGCUCAACGGCUGGAUGGAGCAACGCUGCCCGCUGGCGUACUACGGCUGUACCUACUCGCAGAGACGCUUCUGCCCAUCCGUACAGGGUUUCCGCGUCGUCCACGAUCGCCACCUUGGCUCCUUUGGCGUGCAGCCGGGCCUCCCCCUGAAAAGCGGGAAAGAGCCACAGAGGAGCGCCCGCCCACGUUCGGGUUCCAAGUGCGACCAGCUCAGCGGUCUGCCCUUCGAGGUGCUGCAGCACGUAGCCGGGUUCCUGGACAGCUUCAGCCUAUGUCAGCUGUCCAGGACGUCACGCACAAUGAGGGACGUGUGCGCCAGCCUCCUCCAGAUGCGCGGGAUGGUUGUCCUGCUGUGGAAGAAGAAGAGGCGGGAGGACGGCUCAUUGUCGUGGCAGAUUACGGACAAGGUGUGGCGCUUCAGCACCGCCUUCGGCACAGUGAACGAAUGGAAGUUCGCCAACAUCACCAGCAUGGCCGAUCACCUGAAGACGUGCAAGUUCAACACAGUGGCGCGGCGAGAGGAGGCUAUUCCACUGCCUUGCAUGUGCUUCACCCGAGAGCUGACGAAGGAGGGACGCUGUUUACGCUCUGUGCUCAAGCCGGUAGCCUAA